GAUUUCUGUUCAGGUUUUAGGGACACAGGCAAGUUUUCUUUUAUACAACGCUCGAUCAAACUUAUAAAUCAUAGUUUUAUAGCGGAACAUUGUAAUACUCCUAUGUUCGCAAUAAUUAUUCGUAGUUAGACAGGUGCAAGAAAGUUACUCAUUCGCUGAACACACACUUCAAAAGGCGAAUAUCUUCUUGUCGUUCUUAACAACAGAAACGACAGCAAGAACUUGGACUAAAAAAAGAAUAAAAGAAGGUCAAAACAUGUCCAGUCUGCCACGUCGCAUCAUCAAGGAGACGCAACGCUUGAUGCAAGAGCCGGUGCCCGGGAUCAAUGCGAUUCCUGAUGAAAACAAUGCACGGUAUUUCCAUGUAGUUGUCGCCGGUCCCAACGAUUCGCCCUUUGAGGGCGGCGUCUUCAAAUUGGAGCUUUUCCUGCCCGAGGACUAUCCCAUGUCGGCGCCCAAGGUGCGUUUCAUUACAAAGAUCUACCAUCCCAAUAUCGAUCGCCUUGGCCGCAUUUGCUUGGACGUGCUAAAGGACAAAUGGAGUCCGGCUUUGCAAAUUCGUACCAUACUAUUGUCGAUUCAGGCGCUACUCAGCGCGCCCAAUCCCGACGAUCCCUUGGCCAACGAUGUGGCGGAGCUCUGGAAGGUAAACGAGGCCGAGGCCAUACGCAAUGCACGCGAAUGGACACAGAAAUAUGCUGUCGAAGACUGAAGCAGCGACAGCCCUUCGUGCUCUUAUAUCUCCUUGCGUGCUGGCUGCCGGCGGAAUGGGAGGCAUAUCAGCCAACUUCUUUCUA